AUGCCUUCAUACGAGCAAAUCAAGUCAGAGAUCUUGCAUCUAUCGAAAACCUGUGAACAUAUCCGACCAGCUACAACAGACGAUGAGAUCUAUCGUUGCUUUGUAAAUCCACCCAAAAUUGAUCCUGAAGACAUUGAAGAAGGGAUGUAUUUGUCGGUAAACAAAACGAUGGACAGCGUCUUUGGUGCCGAAUUGUUAAACAAAAAUGUCUUCACCGGGCCCUAUGGAGUUGAUCUUGUUAUAAAAUGGUCGGACAAAGCACGAGAGCACAAGACUUGGGAUAAAAGUUCCGAUCAACUUCUAAAAUUAAAACUGGAAAGGAUACGCACCCACUUGAUUGAUUCUGGUGGUUUACUUCCAAACAAUAGUCCCAUUAGAGCAGGCUUGACAGCUUCCAAGAAUACUCCCAAAGGAAAGAAGCGACGAGUUGUUUCUCAACCUUCACCUGACAUAAAUUCCAACAAAAGUGUAAGCAAUAUCGAUAAGCCGGCUGCGAAACGUCAACAACCUGAAGCACCGUCUAGUGUUGUGGUCAUCUCUUCCGAUGAUGAUGAAAAUCAACAUCCUGGCAGCUGUUCUACCGGCAUAUCAGCAAAUAAAACUAGCAACCAGAAGACCUCCAACAAGAUCUCCAAGAUCUCCAAGAUCUCCGAUAUCCUUCGACUCUGCCCUUUAUCCAAAGACGACAAGCCUUGCACCAGAUGUCGCGUGGAGACUGCAGUAUUGGGCAACAAAUACUUUUGGUGCCACUGUAGUAAUAAGAGACUUGUUCUGUCGAAUGGUCGAGUUGAGACUGCUGCAGAACACUGGAAAUCAAAAAGAUGUCAAGUUAAGACACGUCAUAUACAAUCCAGUGCCGUUCUCACGUCUUUCUAUGCCACGAUACCAGCCGAGCCAAAGAAGAAAAAAGGUUAUGAAGAAGUACCAUGUCCUGGCCUGACCGAUGCGACUUGGGAACGACCAAAAGCAACAUAUUCAAUUGCAUACUUCAUUGAGCAUACCUGCACUAUCUAUCGAGGAAAUGAUCGAAAUGCUAUUCGCAAAGAGUUGUUUGGCGAAAAAGCAACCGAGUCCUCACUUACAAAGACUCAAAAGGCACAGCUAAUAUCCACUCUCGAUAGCCGAGCGAUUUGGGAAGUGAAGCGACAUGGCGAACGAAGCGGUGUGUACUCAAAAAAGUGCCUUCGCACUGGAUUACGAAAGAAGAAUUCAGAUGAUGUUCCUUGUGCUGAAUGUGAAGAGAUCAAAGGAAACCAUGCAUUGAUCAGCGCACUCAACCACAAAUAUGCCGACGAUGACAAUCUCAAAUUCAUCAACGAUCAUAUCAUGUCUACCGAUGCUUUCCACGCCACUAUAAGAAAAUACGCAGAAUUAAAGAUGUUUGAUAAGUCACUGGAGAGUUCACGAGAUGGAGAUUUUGGCGACUUCCUCACUCGUCUUGCUGCCCACGCUAGGAGAGGACUUUUUCAAAAUUGUGAGGUUGUACAAGGUCUGAUCAAACAGGUAUCAUUACGAGCGGAGCGAGAGGCAGCCGGAAAGUCGCUUCGAGGAUUGCGAAUCGAUGCCUACCUUGAUGAUACUCUCACCACUCUUGGUGCCAUGAGUCGAAGUGCUUUGGAACUUUUCAAUAGCACAUUUGCUGGUCGUGGAAUUCGCAGUCAACGUGCUAUUCAGGCCAAGAAUGGGAAGAUGGAAGCCGAGAUACAUCCGGCAAACUUCGAACGCAUCGCCAAAACCCUCAAGGAACUUGGUUAUGACGGUCCGAUAGCCGCAGCAUCCGAUCAAACUGUUUGUGUAAAAGCGUUGAGACACCAUAAUGGAUGUCUGGUUGGAGCCGAAGGUGGCGAUGUCAAAUUCAGCAAUGCAGAUGAGCUGCGUGAUUUGAUGAAAGAGAUAGUCAAGGGUGAUAAGCUGUGCUCUGAACUUAUACAAUACAAGUCCCUUUACCAAACAUACCUACAACACUACACCAUCAUCACACAUGCUCUUCGGGCUGGAAUCAACAUCAUGUCAAUGGGCGCUGAUGGAGCGGCUACUGAAAUCUCGGCUCAAGAAAAGCUCAAGAACAAAACUGAUCAAUACCUGACUUAUUCAAAAUCAAGCUUGAAUGUUUAUGUGAAAGUCCCACUCUUUGGGGAUCCUCCUCGCCCUGUUGUAACAGUUCAGGAUCCAAAACAUGCACGAAAGACUGGUGCAAAUCAAUUACUAUCCGGAGCCCGUUUGAUUGUGAUUGGAAUGCAUGUCAUGACUAUUCAACAAUUAGCACAGAUCCUCCAAAUGCCUAAUAGUCCUCUUAUGGCCAAAGACGUAUUCGAUUGUGAUAAACAGGAAGACGGUCGAGCCUUUCGAACAACCAACUCCCUAACACUGGCUGCCUCGCUUAGGCUACCGGGAAACGAAGGCUUAGCAAUUUUUCUCUAUGUAAUCGGGGAGUUGGUAGACUCUUGGUUGAACAAAAAAAUCGGCCACCGCGAAAGGAUUCGAUCUGCAUGGACGGCAGGCUUCUUUCUAAGAAGAUGGAAAGCUUAUCUACAGAAACGCGAGACCGAAACAAACGGUCUCAUGACAUUUCAUCUUAAUUGCAUUUCACACGCUAGCUUCAAGAUAUUUUCUUCACUACCUGAAUCCCUCCUUGCUUUGAUCAUCUCUCACCGACAAUACUAUCCAGACUACCCACUAUGCCCUUGGAAGCACGGAACCGAAUCAUGUGAACACAUCUUCGGAUGGAUGCGAGUAAUCGCUCCUCGUUUCACUGUCCUGGAUGCCCGAUUCAUGAUGCCCAAGAUACACGCUGUUGUCAAGAGUGUGAUGGGUGGGAAGAUUAAAAUACCACCUUCUGAACACAUGCACUCGGGCUAUCAAUAUGCUUGGGGCGACGAGGAGGCUGUUGAAGCAAUUGAACUGCUGAAACAGUUUCCAACAAAUGCUGAGAUUGGUGAAGAGCUCACCAUAGCUAAUCGGCUUGCAAAUAGCCUUGCUCAUUUAGCCGGAAUGGGACCAUUAGAGCCAGAAGACGAAGACCUGCCUGUUCAAGAUAUCCUCAAUGGACUCCCGCCCGAUCUUGAUGAUACCACUCCAGAUGUAUCAACCUGUGCAACAAAAGAUUAUCGGGUCAAAUACAACCAUCAGCCUGGGGACUUUCCCGAAAAUGUUACUUUCGCCGAAGCUGCUACCUUGGCAAAGGAACAAAAUUCACUCGACAUAUUACUUGAUCAAGUUCCAGACGAGGUUGAAACUGAUACAGUUCAAAAUGCAGCAAUGGUGAUUGCAAACUUGCUCAACAGUGAUGCUCGGCUGCCAGCUGGUCCGAUCCAAGCCGCUGGAGAUUAG